UCCUAACAGGCGGCAGACGAGCUCUCCCUCCCCAUUCACUGCAGUGUGGCUGUGCUGUACACUCCAAAGGGACAAUACACUGGGAAUAACGUUAUAACAUAGGCUUCAAGUAUACUACAGAAACAAACUGGGACCUGCAGCACCCAUCACCAAGCGCUGAUCAGUUGCUCGAUAGUGGAGUGGUUUUCACUGGGACUUACAGGAUCCAGAUCCAGAAAGACACAUUUUGAUCCUCGCAGUCAGCUCGCUACAUUCUGUGGUUCACCAGCUUGACGAUGGUUCUGUGUGAGGACGGCGAGUGCAGCGUCUGCCUCUCGCCCUACUCGCGGACGGACAGGAUCCCCCGGGUGCUCCACUGCAGGCACACCUUCUGCGACCCCUGCCUGGAGACCAUGUCGCAGGCCAGGAGCGGGCUGCUCACCGUGGGUUGCCCGCUGUGCCGUCGGGUGACCUGCAUAGAACGCGGCCUCGGCCUGCAGGAAGCCCUGUGGGUCAACAGCAAGCUGUGGGAGCAGAUACCGGAGGAGGAGGAGGAAGAGGGGGAGGAGGAGGAGGAGGAUGACGGUGGACUGAAACAAGAAGCUGAGGAGGAGAGGAUGGAGACUAAACAACAAGCAGAAUGUGUUCCCUCCAGGUCCGGCAGAACAAAGCUCAGGCUGCCCGCGUUCUUCAGAAGGUUCAGCUUGACGAAGCAACGCCAAGAGAGGAUCGUGCCUGGCAGUAAUGUGGAGAUGAAAUCCUGGCGCAGGCUUUCAGCUGAGGAGACUGUUUGAAGCUGGACGUGACAGCUCCUCUCAGGAUCACAGCUAGACGCCGCUGGAAGACUCAGCCGGUCCGUGGAGGGAAAGUUGAAGCCGUUAGGACUGAAAAUCCAUUUGUGUUCCUGUCGAGACGUUGUUUUGUCCUCAGGCAAAGGUGCCCUGUCCCCCCAUUAUUUAUUCUAGACUUAACUCUCCCAGCUGGUGCUGUGGGAUUUGGUUCAGCUGUCCCAGCGGGACCCACACCCGGAGACCCCCUCGUAACAGAUGGUCUCCUGAGGACGUUCCCUUUUGCAGAGCCGCUGCUGAACAUCCA